AUGACUGAGAACGCAGCAGCGCCUGCCACCCUCAAUGCUACAGAGACAACUGGACCUACCACGCCUCGCAAGGGGCCUCCCAAGUUCAAGCAACGGCAGACACGGCAGUUCAAGAGCAAGCCCCCCAAAAAAGGAGUAAAAGGGUAAGAGUAGCAAUUCAGACGCCAAAGGCUUCAUUCGCUCACAAAUGUGCUUUUAAGAUUCUGCAUUACCAAACUACAACUAUUAGGGCAUCACCCCUACUGUAACUACAUACGUGUAACUGGGCAGGGGGCAGGCCUUAUUUAUUCCUCUUUUACCACUGCCUCCAUUUCCCUCUUCUUUCCUUUGUUGUUUCCCUUGUGUUGAUAUCUAGAUUGUAAGCCCCUUGGGACAGCGGCCUCUUUUCUCAUUCUGAAUAAUGCAUCAUGUGCAUAAAGGCUGAGGAACCUUUGUCCUUCCUGGUGUUCCUGAACUACAACUCCCAUCAGCCCUUACCCAGUGAUCAAGGGUGAUGGGAGUUGUAGUACAACAGCUUACUGGAGGGCCACACUUUUCCCAUUCCAGAUGUAAAUGAAUGAUGGUACAGUAUGUUGUGCUUCAGGCCAUAGACUGAGGUGUGGCAGAUAUCUUGACUUAACCUGCAUAAUGCUAUAGUCCUAAACAUAAAUAUUGGGGAAUAAGCCCCAUUGAACACAGUAGUAUUUACCUAUAAAUAAACGUACGUAGGACUGCAUUAUAAAUGGAGCUGGGCUCUGUAGUUGUUUGUAAUGGUCUUGUCUUGGUUAGAUCACGCAAGGAGACAGAGGACAGAGGAAAGGACUUAUGGGGAUAGCUUGAUAUGGUUUAUACUAUAGGACCUUUAUACUAUAGGACCUUUGCUGAUGGGUCCUAUCAGGGUAUUUUACAACGGAAAAUGCAUGAGUAAUGGACUGGGGUGAUAUUAAUGUUAAGGUGCUGGACCAAUGGGGAGGAGUCCAAUGGGAGGAGCAACAUUACAGUCGAUUCCAUUAUAUGGCCUUAGAUUACUCACUGAUAUACUUUUCAUAUGUUGUGGCCGUCUGGUUUCGAAAUCUAUCUUGCUAGUUAAAUACAGUCCAUUUUAUGGUGGGAUGGCGGAUCUGUGGCCCUCCAGAUGUAUCUAAGCCAGGGUACACUUCCUGUUCUUGGCUUCUUAUGAGACAGCAUGAUGAGAUUGUUUAGCUUAGAUUUGAUGGCCUGCUGAUGAACAGAAGCUCUGUGACUAUAAGCUUAGGGAGCAACGGUACAAGCAUGUUAUCACCCAUAUUUCCUAGGAUAUUGUUUCUAUAUUUUGGUUUGACUUGGGUCUCUUCUGUGUGAAUAGAUGCCCCUGCGUGGCAAGCCAACAUUGGAAUCAGCAUGAGUGGCAUGAGUGAGAGGCUCAAAACACUCUGAAAAUUGCAGUUUUUUUGGUGCCCCUUUGUAAGGAACAAAUUGAUCAUAUUUAAAGAUAUUUGUCCCAUCUGUUUGUACAUAGUAAUGCUUAGAAGCAAAACAAGACCAAGCCAAAUGCAGGAGCUUGCUAAUGGGGAAGAGAAUAUCCAGGCAGUACAACUUGAUCUUGCAGCAGAAAAUACACACAAAAUCAGCUGUUCCUUUGCAUGUUCUCUUUGGUUAGGAAAAAUAUAUCUAUUCAUAAAUACACCAACAUAUGGUUGCAACUCAAACUCUCUUCUGUUGCUUUUCCCCUAGUUUUGGAGAUGAUAUCCCAGGAAUGGAGGGCCUUGGAACAGGUAAUUGAUAGGCAAUAUUGCUCUGUUAUUCCCUGUGCUAUUUUCCUCCACCCCAAGCCAUCUUAAAUGAGCUUUUCCAUCUUGAUCUAUGUAGGCAUAAUAAGCUUUCUCUCUCUUUCUUGCAGAUAUUACAGUGAUUUGCCCUUGGGAAGCUUUCAGCCAUCUGGAGCUUCACGAGUUGGCACAGUUUGGAAUCAUCUAA